CCGCCUCGGCUGCAGCGCGGCCCCGCCGCCCUGGCAGCCCGGCCACCGCGGGCGGCCCCGCGGGCGGCCAUGUUCAGCGCCGAGGCCGGCUGGACGGUGGCCGAGGCCCAGACGCGCCCUCGCCCCGGCGGGCUCCGGCACAGCGCCUCCGAGCGGGACUUCCGGGCUCUCGGAGCGGUCCGGGUGGGCGCCCGGGGCCAGCUCCGCUCUGCGUCCCCGGCGUCCGGGGUGCUCGGGGCCUCGCCAGCUGGCGGGGCGGGCUACCCCAAGGGCAAGCUCGCGAGCAGCAGCAGCUGCUCCUCCACCAGGGCGGCGGCCGCCCACAGGGCGAGCAGCUUCGACUACGACGAGUGGAGGGGGCGCUUCGAGAGGGAGUACCAGCAGCGGCAGCGCUGCAGCAGCCUCGCGGUGCCGAAGCGGCAGCGGUUCGUGGAGGCAACACUGCUGAUGGUCCAAGACCGCCUCGACCCCGCAGAGGGCCUGGAGGCGGCCGCGGCCGCGGCCGCGGCCGAGGCGGAGGCAGAGGCCGCCGCCCUGCGGUCGCAGGGCGCCCUCUGCGCGGCGCUGGCGCGCCCGCGGCCGCCCCCG